AUGGCGUCAACGGUCACCGUUGAUGUCUUUUGUUUUAUUAUCCAAAUAGCUGCAGCGAUCAAUAAAAAGGAAAUCCCAGAGAACCUGUUUGACAAGGUAAGCGAGGAGAAAAAAGUGGAAAGUGGAGGAAUCAAAACGAUUUUUACCUCGGCAGUGCUGAUAAAACAUUUCUUCAUCAUAUCCUUUGCCUGGUUUUCGUUGAACCUGGGCUACUUCUGCCUCGUUCUCAACGUGGGCAAGUUUGGUCUGGACAUCUUCCUGGUCCAGUUUCUGUUCGGGAUUUCCGAGGUGCCGGCACAUCUCCUCUGCAUCUGGUUCUUGGAGUUUUUGGGACGGAAAAAAUCGCUUUUAUCAACUCUCCUCGUAGCGGGGGUUGUUUGCCUUUUAACCCUGGCUUUUCCUCAAGACAGCGCUGUAGCCGUGACAACCCUGGUUACCAUAGGGAAGUUCUUCUUGAACUGGGCCGGCUCAGUGUGUCUGGUUUACAUUCAAGAACUGUUUCCUACUUCUAUCAGGCAAACUGCAGUGUCUUUGGGCUCCAUUGCCUUUAGAGUUGCAGGGUUGCUGUCGCCGUUGCUCAACAUGCUGGCUGUGUACCACCACUCCAUUCCCAUCAUAGUCUUUAGCAGCCUGGCUGUGCUAAGCGGAGCGCUGGUCUUCCUGCUUCCUGAGACCAGCAGAAAAGAUCUUCCUGAUUCAACCACUGAUGGCAAGAGCAACGGGGAUUUGGCCAACGAGAAGACUGGACGUGAGAUCUUCGUGGCUGAAAUCCACACCAGAAAAUCAACCAAACUCUAA